AAUGAUAAAUUCUAUUCAAGCUCUGUUUAGACUUCGGAUGGGAAGGAUGAGGCUAAGAUUUAUAAGUAUAACUUUACAAAAUAGCUAUUUUAGAAUUUAAGGUGUAAUGUUGCGGCAGGUGGGGCUAGGGCUGCUCUAAUUUUUGACAUGAGGGCAUAUGUGGGAAUUCACAAGGAAAUUCAUCCGGCCCUAUCCCCUUUGUUAGCAAUGGUGCCUCGUCCCAUGAGUUAAGUCAGUGGGGCUUCGCUGAGGAAAGAUCAUGCUACUUUCCUUGGUGUAAUUGUGUUAAAUGUUUUCCAUCAUGAUAAUGGCUUUACGUAUCUUAUGUGGCAGGUCAAGGCCCCUGUCAUUGUUGUGGGUUGUAUGCUUGACAUGUGGGAUGAUCGCAAGCUAUUAGUUUGGAGCAGGUUAUGUUGCCCAUAAUGCAACAAUUCAGGGAGAUCGAAACAUGUAUUGAGUGCUCUGCGUACAAACUAAUUCAGAUCUUAUGCCAUUAUCUCCAACAACCUGAAGCCGACGACUACUUGCAGGUUUCUGAAGUUUUCUACUACGGACAAAAGAGUGUUCUGCGCCCAACUGCUCCACUGUUUGAUCAGGAAGCUCAAACUUUAAGACCAAGAUGUGUGAGAGCUUUGAAACGAAUUUUCAUUCUUUGCGACCAUGAUAGGGAUGGAGCCCUUAACGAUUUUGGAUAACUUUUAGGUUUUAUAUUUUGGAAAAAUUUACAACAUUACUUCAACAAUUGCUCUCUUUUUACGAAAAACACUCCAGCUGCCCUUACUUGCACAAUCAUAUUUUACAAUUAAUAUGUAAAUGGAUUUUUAAAGUGAUGACUUGAAAAAAAAUCUCUUCUUUUAGUUUUCAUAAAAAACUUAUUUACUUAUUCCUCCAACUCAAAU